GAGUUCAUAACGUUGCAUUUCCCAAAUAAAGGCGAACAGAUUUUAUAAGCUUACGGAGCAAGUUUAAACAUUUAACAAAAUGUCAGGUGACGACCUGUUUUUUAAGAAACUCGCUGGCCAAUUUGGCUUUGACGUUCACCCGAUAGGCAUACAUUUGGGAUUUACCUUAAAGGAGAUUGAGACGAUGAAACAGAAUAACCAACACAAUUCUUUACUAUGGGGAAUCGGCCUCCUGAACGAGUGGAAGGGUAACCUUCCGAGGGGAACUACACCUGCUGAUAAGUGGAAACAAUUAGCCAAGGCAAUGGAAGAGGCAAAACGGAACGACCUAGCUGAUAUGGUAGAUGAGCAUGCAAAGGGUGAUGUGGCUCCACCACAAGUCCAAGAGGAGGCCCAGCCUCAUCUACCAGUACCUAUGGCUGAAGGCGAUACACAGGAUGGUAAUAUGGAAAAUCAAACGGGGAAAGCAGGAACAGCAAUUCAUAUACCGAAUGAAGAUGAUCGACCUAAAGUUGUCGCUGGAGCCAGGCCGACCAAUGUUGCUGGCAAGUCGAGGUUGGUCUCCGAGGAAACAUGUGUUCAACAGGCUACAAGCUCGAAUCCAUGAAAAGACAAUUGAUGAACUGAUGUGUAACUGUAUGUUCCAGACAUAAUGCCAU